AUGGACCAAAUCACCGCGCGCACCCGUAGCUACCAACUAGAGAUGUUCGAAAGAAGCAUGCAGGAGAAUAUUAUAGUGGCGAUGGACGCAGGGAGCGGGAAAACGCAUAUAUUGGGAUAUAAUAGGCUGACCAUCACACUGCUUAUCUGGUUUCUUGCGCCUCAUGUUGCUCUAUGUGAGCAACAAUAUAAUGCCCUCCGCAUUGGCCUCCCCUCAGUGAGAAUCAAACUCCUUAUCGGCAACGAUAAUGUGGAUCGGUGGAGCGAGCAGCGCAUCUGGGAUGCGGCACUAGAUGGCGUCCGUGUGAUGGUGUCAACCCACAAAAUCCUCGAGGAAGCUCUCGCGCAUUCAUUUGUGAAGAUCAAAGACCUAGCUCUCUUGGUCUUCGACGAAGCGCAUCACUGUAUUCGAAAACAUCCUGCAAACAAGAUCAUGGCCAACUUCUACUAUCCCAAAAAAAGCGAGCAUCCUGAUCAAGUUCCACAUGUAUUGGGUCUCACCGCAACGCCCAUUGUGCGGUCAAAGCUCCAUGAAAUGAACACGGUCGAACGCAAUCUUGACGCCAUCGCAGUGACAACAAAACUCCAUCGUGACGAGUUGUUUCGCUUUGUUCAUCGACCAGACUUGGUCCCUCUGGUAUACAAAAUCGACUGCCUGGCCAAUGCCAGCACUGCUCUAGAGAGGCUACGACAAAUAUGCUCAGCUCAGGCUGUCUCUCCGGCGCCUACUGACGCUUCACGAUCUAAAAGCAUACCCCAGCCUCCGUGGAAAGAGCAACUUGCCAAGUUUCGAACCAAGGCACACCACGUUUUGAACGAGUUGGGGCCUUGGGCCACCGACUUAUUCAUUCUGGGAUCGAUCAAAGUCUUAGAAAAGUCGGGUGGGCACAACACUAGCCUCUUAUUCAGCUGGACAGAUCAGGAGCAUCGAGUUCUCACGAAACUCCUCUGCAAAGAUCCUGUGCUCUCGCAGCUUCAGUACGAUAUUGCACCAAGUCAUAACAACGUCUCAAAGAAAAUGGCCUGUCUACUAUCCUUCCUUGGAUCAAGAGACGCGAGCCAAAGCACCGCUAUAAUAUUUGUUCAACAGCGAGUGAUAACUGGUCUCCUAAGCCAGCUCCUUUCGGCCCAUCCCUCCACCAGCGGAAGUUUUCAGUGUGCGGCAUUUGUUGGCAUGUCUCAGAAUCGGGGUAAAAAGUACAAUUUGCCUGAACUCCUCGACAUGAAGGAACAGCUGCAAACCCUCGCCAGUUUCCGCGCGCGAGCCAAAAAUGUGAUUGUUGCAACCAAUGCCUUGGAGGAAGGCAUAGAUGUACGAGCAUGCAACCUUGUCAUCUGCUUUGACCUCCCACAAAACUUGAAGUCUUUCAUUCAACGGCGGGGCCGGGCUCGACAGGAAAAGUCCGUGUUUGCGCUGAUGUUUUCGGAAGAGGAAUCCCAAGAUAGGCUGGCAGAGUGGAAAACACUCGAGGAAGACUUACAGCGCUUGUAUCAGGAUGCCUCAAGAUUGAGAGUAACAACACUACAUCUAGAGCAAAGUGAGCGGGUAGAUUACUCACUCAAAUCAUCAACGACCGGUGCAACGCUCACUGCCGAGGACACUAUGGCCCAUUUACACCACUUCUGUGCUAAGCUGCCCGUCGAACCGUUCUCCGAUAUGCGACCAAUGUUCUCAUACAAGCAAGAGCCGCCUGGAUCAGAGGAGAUCACUGCAGUCGUCACCCUCCCAAACUGUGUAGACGCCUCGGUUCGUGUUGCAACAAGUCUCCAUAAAUGGAAGACGGAGAAAAAUGCAGCGAAAGACGCCGCGUUUCAAGCUUACGCCGGGCUGUACUCUGCCGGCCUUCUCAACGAGAACUUGUUGCCACUCUCUCAUGAUUUUGAGAUGCAGCUGGACGUCUUGGACAAGCUUGGAUCCCAAGUCGACAUAGACCUGGAAUACAGUCCGUGGCAGCUUGUCGCUCAAGCCUGGUCAUCGACGUAUGUAUACGAUCUUGCGGUGCAGUUCAAUUUCCAUGAACGCACCGAGCGGCCGCCUGUCACAAUGAAACUCGCCUUUCCUUGUGAAUUGCCUGAUCUACAGCCACUGAGGGUGCAGUUGACCGCGGAUGCGACUGUCUAUAUGACAUUUCAACACGAUCGCAGACGAAGAUUCAUCACUCCGACUGACAGGGAUCUCAUGAGGAAAGUGACGCAUAUCAUUAGCCGCUCGACGCAUUCUGACUACAGCUCGGACGACAGAAUUGACUUCCUAGCUCUUUUUGCGCCAGUCAUGGAAGACAUGAUGCUGCAGACUUGGCUCACUGCUAACAAAGGGAGAAUUAAGGCAUUGGAGCUUGUGAGCGUCUCUCGCAGCCUGAUCCCUCGGGGAUUCGUCCGGCACACGACAGAAGGACGACAGCCCCAGAUUUUCAACUCGUGGACGGUAAAUAAGGAUACUGCAACCUCAAAUUUGCAUCAAAUUACAUGCACUCCACUUCCAAGCAGAAGAAAUUUCAGGAUUUCUCCCCCUGAGAAUUCUGGGGCGGGAAAACUGAAGAUCAGGAGCGACAACAAGGAAGAACACCCGAAGCUCAACUACUAUCCCCUCGAGGAAUGCACUAUAGACCGUCUUCCCGUGGGAAUCGCACGACUCAACCUUCUGCUCCCCACGAUCCUCCAACAUAUCGCGAACGCGUGGAUCGCGGACCGGAUGUGCCAAACAGUUCUGAAAGAAAUCCCGUUCCGAUCCCUAGAUCUCGUCAUCACCGCCAUCACCCCACCGAGCGUGCAGUGGUGUACGAAUUACGAAACGCUAGAAUUUCUCGGAGAUUCGAUCCUAAAGCUAGUCGUGUCUAUACAGCUGUAUGACCGCCACAAGAAUUGGCCUGAAGGGUACCUCACGCUGAAAAGGGCCGUGUUAGUGUCGAACCAGUAUCUGGCCAAGGCUGCGUUAAAAGCAGGUUUGUCAGCAUUUAUCAGGACGACUCCUAUAUCUUGGAAGAGGUGGUCGCCAAUAUUCAUAUCGGACAUGAUGGCCAAAUCCUCAUGUGCCGCUCGAACGGUCCGCAUGAAAGUCCUGGCGGACGUUGUCGAAGCCCUUAUUGGGGCUGCUUUUGUCGAUGGAGGUUUUGGCUCAGCGGAAACCUGCAUUCGCCAUCUGCUCCCUGGUCUGGACAAUGAAAAGCUCUCCUUCGCAGUCCAGACAGACAAGGGGCAAAUGAUCGCCAACCAAGACAGGUUUGAAAGCGUUAUCGGAUACGAGUUCCGCCAUCCUUGUCUGUUGGUCGAGGCGUUGACGCACCCUUCCUGCGAAAGAGAUCGAUUCUCCCAAUCAUAUCAGCGACUUGAGUUCCUUGGAGACGCGGUACUCGAUUCAAUCAUCGCCUCGCAGCUCAUGACGCAUAAGGUGUCAUCACGGUCACCAGGAGUGAUGACCCGUGUCAAAUCAGCGAUGGUAAAUGCCCAUUUGCUUGGAUUCUUCUGUAUGGAAUUCUAUCGUACCGAAGAAUUUGAAUUCGUGCAACAACAACAACCUGACGGGAAGUUUAAUAUUGAGACAGAAACGACCAACAUUUAUCUGUGGCAACUUAUGCGCAGUCACAAUGACGUGGUCCGGGAUCGUCGAAUUGAUAGCCUCGAUCGAUUCGAGAAACUAGGUGGAAGCAUCCGACGGCAGCUCGACGACAGCUCGGAAUAUCCCUGGCUUGACUUGUCUAUGUUGCGGCCUGAGAAAUUCUUCUCUGACAUUAUCGAGAGCCUGGUAGGAGCCAUAUACGUAGAUUCCAAGGGGUCUCUCGAAAAAUGUUCAACUUGGCUCGAUUACAUUGGCCUCAUCAAAUAUCUCCGGCGCGUCUUGGAUGAAAAUAUUGAUGUUGUUCAUCCAAGGACGAAAGUGGAUUGGAAGACAGGUGCACAAACUACUGAGUAUAAAGUCAGCAAGAUGGCUGAUCCGGCGGAGAAAUUUCAGUGCAUCUUGUUAGUUGAUGAAAAGACUUGUGUUCAAGUUGACGGCUACGAUACUUCUGAUGUUGCGAUUGUUGCUGCUGCUCAGAAAGCGCUCAGUAUCCUUCCGUGA